AUGGCGGGAAAGGGGAAGGGGAAGGGAAAGAAAAAAACCAAACCGAAGAUCUCAGAAAUAUCCGCUGGUUCGGCUAUUGCAUCUACUGAGACGGCUGUUGCAAAGGACGAGGUCACCGCAAAAAUGAAAGAGCUUGUCCUAAGACAUUAUCUCAAUCCGAAGUACAGCGAUUUAACGAUCAUCUGUAACGGUGAAAUCUUCCCAGCUCAUCGGAACAUUGUCUGCCCUCAAUCGAUGUAUUUCGAAAAUGCCUGUGAUGGUCGGUUUAAGGAAAGUAAUGGGGAAGUAAUACUCGAAGAUCGCGACCCUAUACUCGUCAGGAAGAUGCUCGAAUUUUUGUACACGGGCGACUAUACCUUUGAAGCUCCAAAUGCAAAGGGCAGCUUUAAAUCUGAGAAUACCUCCGGGGAGGUUUCGCACACAGACCUGGAUCAGGAUCUCCAGGUAUCACAGGGAGAAACUAGCAGUGCACACCCACGAACUGACCAGGCCUUUUUUCAUGCCCAAAUGUAUGCACAAGGUGCCUAUUUUCAAAUAGAGGGAUUGAAGAUGAAAGCGAAGGAGUACUUCCGGGAGUCCUUUAUGAAAUUUACGGACCGAGAAUCAUAUACUUCCGCUGUGCUUGAGGUAUAUGGCUCGACGGAAGACCACAACCGAGGGCUCAGGGACCUUGUCGUCCAGAUGACAACGGAUAACCUUCUGCUUCUGAGGGCUAAUAACAAUCCCAUAUUGGACGGCAUCUUUUUGGAAGCGGUUCCUAACUUUAUGUUGGAAAUUUGUCUUUCCGCCUUGGACAGAUGUGCCAAGCAUCAGAGGGAAUAUAGGGGAUGGAGCUACUAUAAUUAG